AUGGGCAGGAAAUCAAAGCAGAAGCAACAGGAUCCAGUCCCUCACCAGCCUAGACAAGCUCACGGCACACGAGUCACAAAGAGGAAGGCAAAAGACGCUGCACUUGACACCUCAAAUAAGAAAUCAAAGCAGGUGAACCAGGCCAAGCAGCCAAGAAAACCAAAGCAACCUUCUUCUUCUCCUUCGAUCCACUCUGAGGAUGAGCAAGAUGAGCAAGAUGCCUCUGAUGAUGCCUCCGAAGCCUCCGAAUCAGCCUCCGAUAACCUCCAGGACUUACAAGGCUCUGAUGAUGACGACGAAUUUGAUCUCGACGCCAGUGACGCUGAUGCUCCUCAAAAUCCUCCCCAGCAACUCGUCUUCUCUGAUCAAGAUGAUAGCGAGGAUGGCUCACAAGACUCAGACGCAGAUUCAGACUCAGACGAGCAAUCUGAUGUUCAAGGCGCUGAGCCUAGAAGAGAGAAACUCUCCGCCAAAAAAUCCAAAAAAUUGGAUCAAGAAGCCCUCCUUGAAGCUGCAGACGCAGAAGCAGAAAUGAUUAGAACUAACAUUGCUGGUCUCGAGCCUAACGAGAUGGGUGAGGUCGAUGAUGAUAUGGUUCUCCCCACUCAAGAGGAUAAGGAGAGAGAGGCUACUGAGGGUGCUGACGCCCAAACCGUUUACGGUCGUAUAGGCGAUAUUGUCCGCAUUCUAGGCGACUUUCAUCGCUUUAAGGCUGCUAACAGGAGCAGAGCUGAUUACACUGAUCAGCUUGUUGCUGAUAUUGCUAGUUACUAUGGCUACACUCCGUUCCUCGCUGAGAAACUUUUCUCCAUGUUCAGUCCUGAUGAAUCUAUUGCCUUUUUUGACGCUAACGAAACUCCACGUCCUGUUACCAUUAGAGCUAACACCCUUAAAACCCGCAGGAGGGAUCUCGCCCAAGCACUCAUUAACAGAGGUGUCUCUCUAGAGCCAAUCGGUAAAUGGACCAAAGUUGGUCUACAGAUAUUCGACUCUAGUGUUCCUGUCGGUGCAACGCCAGAGUAUUUGGCUGGUCACUACAUGCUCCAAUCUCCAUCAUCAUUCCUUCCCGUUAUGGCACUCGAUCCGAAAACAAAUGAGCGUGUACUUGACAUGGCUAGUGCUCCAGGUGGUAAAACAAGCUACAUGUCCGCUUUGAUGCAGAACACGGGUGUCGUUUUCGCCAAUGAUGCCAACGCUUCAAGGACCAAGAGUCUUAGUGCGAAUGUGCACAGGCUUGGCUGCAAGAAUGUAGUCGUCUGCAGCUACGAUGGUAGACAAUUCCCCAAGGUUAUUGGAGGGUUUGAUAGGGUAUUGUUAGAUGCACCAUGCAGUGGUACGGGUGUCGUAUCUAAAGACCAGUCGGUAAAGGUGAACAAGACUGAACGCGACUUUGCACUACUCUCGCAUCUUCAGAAACAACUUAUUCUCUGUGCGAUAGACUCUAUUAACACAAAAUCAUCAACUGGCGGAUACGUAGUGUAUUCGACGUGUUCAGUGACGGUAGAGGAGGAUGAGGGAGUGGUAGAUUACGCGCUGAAAAAGAGACCAAAUGUGAAACUUGUUCAUACUGGGCUCGAAUUCGGUGUAGAGGGAUUCACAAACAUUGGCGGAAAGAAGUUCCAUAAGGAUAUGCACCUCACUAGGCGCUUCUAUCCACACGUGCACAACAUGGAAGGAUUCUUUGUGUCCAAGCUGCACGUACUGCCGAGAGCCGUAGUGAAGAACAAGCUGGCGCAGCAGGAGAAGAAUGACGCUGACGAUACUGGAGUUCUCGUUGAUGACGAUGAGGAUGAAAAGGAAGCGGGAGAUGUCACCUUCAAUGAUGAUGAGGAUAAGCAGUUGAUGCAGAAAAAUCAACGCCGCCAACAGAAAGCGAAGGGUAUUAAGCCAUCUAAGCCAACAACCAAGUAA